AUGGCUCAUGGCGACCCCGACGGUGGUCCCAAAAUUUCUGAACUCACCCAGUCGAUGGUUGAGGCGUGGAAACGGUGGCCAGCGUUCUUUCGGUUUGAGGCCCUGUUGCCUUGUCAGAUACCCCGCACCAUCCAGGCUCCAGAGCUGAGCCCCUUCGCGCGCCCCCUGGCGGCCGAGGUGGCCGCCCGCUGCGCGCAGGGUGGAAUCGCCCCGGAGACCCUGGCCACCGCUGUGGGCUGCGCGGCCAAUGCCGGCGCACUGGGCAUGGCCGAGGCGCACGUGGAGAAGCAGCAAGAAGCAGCCAGGGGUUCCCCACUUUCCUGUCAGAAGAGCGUCUGA